AUGCUGGCCCAAGAUCCCCCAACCUGCCAACUCAAGGACGAACUCACUGAGUUGGGCCUCCCGGGGUCAAAGUGCAACACUGCAGAAAUCCAAACUGCUUGCAUCCGCGGUUUGAGGACGCCAGAGGAGAUCAAUGAUUUCUGGUUUACCUCGGGCGACAAAAACGGGAGCCGAGCAUGCAAUCUUUUGAUCCACGGUCAGACUCGUUACCCAUUGCGCCACUGGUACCUCACGCGAAAUCUACUGGCGGUUGGAUUACAGCGUGUUGAGAACACACUCGGCAACCACUUUAAAGGACAAUGCAGGCUGGUAAAGUACGACAAGAGGCGACAGUGGAGUCGCAGGGUCUCGGCACCGCCGGCCCCAGACACUCGGGUUCACUGCCUCUCCCAGCUCAGUCAGGCACGCGAGCCAGGGCGCGCUGUCUUUCUGCGCACGCGUAGACCACACAGGCCGGCUCUGGGGCGCUGCGCUCCUCGGAUUACGCAUGCUCAGUGCAAUCUCCGCCUGCCUGGACUGGCCCUUAGGUUUUUCUGUGUUGUACUUCAAGAGACGCAGGCGCAAUUACGCGUCCCUUCGAUAGCUCAGCUGGUAGAGCGGAGGACUGUAGCUACUUCCUCGGCAGAAGACAUCCUUAGGUCGCUGGUUCGAUUCCGGCUCGAAGGAGACGAGCGUAGGUUUUUGCAGCUUCCGAUGACUUAUGGCCCUUUCUUUGGGUUCCUUCAAUGACACAUUGCAUUUCAACGAGCAGUGGGAAAGUUUAGCGCUUUCUCCACUUUUUGGGCCUCCUAGCCUGCGCGGGAAUUAUUUUUUGCGAUUCCCCCGCUCGGGGACCUGUUCGGGCAGGUUCCCAGCGCAGCUGUGGGUCUGCGCUCGGCUGAGCGACUGCCGGGUCACGGCUUCUGUGUGUUCCUAGUCCGUCUUUGUCAUUGCCCGGGUCCCCGAGUCAUACAGGAGGCAGCGCCGGCUCCAGGGGGCCAGGCCGGACCUUCUCCUCAGAGCCACUGGCAGCUUCUGCCAUCCGAGGGCUCGCAGCGGCUGCAGUGAGGAGGUGGGAGGUCCGCGGGAAGGGGUAUCUGGGCUCCCGGAACCUAGGAAUAGAAGAGAGAACACAAUACUAAAAACGUGAAGCCUAAAAUUGACACAAUAUUAUGAGAGAAGGCGGCACCCAGGGUAUUUCGUCCUCUCCCUUCGAUAGCUCAGCUGGUAGAGCGGAGGACUGUAGGUGCACGCCCGUGGCCAUCCUUAGGUCGCUGGUUCGAUUCCGGCUCGAAGGAGAGAUACCUUUAUUUUGUUGCCUUGGACAAAAGAAAUCUGUCUUCAGCGCUCAAUGCUCUGACCCUUCUCUAGAGGAACAGAUAACCAGCCGUGCCCAGCGGUGGGGGAUUAGCUCAAAUGGUAGAGCGCUCGCUUAGCAUGCGAGAGGUAGCGGGAUCGAUGCCCGCAUCCUCCAGUUUUCUUCCUUGUCCUGUACGGUUUUUCUUUCGAUUCUCUAAGCUCAAACUAGAGCUGAAAAGGCAAGUGAAGGGAAGGGUGAGCUCCACGUUACCUCUCUAAAACGUCCCACACAAGGAAUGGUGGACACUAGCAGUUUAUCCUUCUAGCUCUAAAUUUCUAGACCCAUUUAAUUGGGAAAUUCACGAAACUGGUUAUUUUUGCUUCAAAAAUGGCGACAGAUUGCCGUCACUCCGAAUCCUUUAUGAUUUGUAAUAAGAUGUCUACAUUUCCAGGGACUCACCUGAGGCUAAGCUGCCCAUAGUUCGGGGAGACCCACAGGGAAAACAAGACAAGAAACAGAGAACUUGGAAACGGACGCUGAUUACUUUGAACGUUUGCUCAGCCGAGGAACUGUUCGGCUUCAUCUCAAGUCCGCAUGGCAGGCUGCCUGGCUCUGGGCAGAUAUGAGGUGGAUAGGAUAAAGCAAAAGGUGGCCCUGGAGAAGUGAGUGGAUAAACUCCCUGGACACAGGGGCUGCUUUUGGAGGAGGUUCUAACAUCAUUGUCCUCCAGGGAAGUAACUGUGGAGAGUUAACUAGAAACUAGCGCUGAGAGAGUAUUAAUUGGAUAAAAGUUCUAUCUAGGGCAGCCCUUGAGAGUAAUUUUGUUAAGCAAAGACAAGACAAAAACAAAACGAAUAAAAUCCUAACACACAUUUACACACUCACUAAAGGAUUCAGAGGUUGAACAGAACACAAACACUUUUCUGGAAAUAAAAUCUCUCUACCCUAAUUUUUCUAGAAAAAAAAAAAGCUGUUGAAGCCACCCCACAGUUCUCACAAGACAAAACACAAAUCUUCCACACAAAGGCAGAAAUACAGUAUCAUCUUUUGUGAGGACUGCAUUAAAUAAAUGACAUUUCUUUAGGGUCCUAGGCUACCUGUAUGCUUUUGUUACCAGUGUAUACAACAUGCUAUGGUUUAUUGCUAUCUUUCAUUUUCUAGGGUGGUCCAUUUUUGCGUUUUAUUAUUUUUGUUUUUUAAUUGAAUGUAUUGUAAAUCACUUGAAAUAUAACAUCAUGAUGUUUAUUAAAACAUAUUUACAAAGUAAGAAAAAGAAUGCCUUUAUCAGAUGACAUCGCAGUUUCUAGUUUGGGAUUCUGGGUUUUCUAGCUGGCUGAGGGGAAGAACUGGCAGUGAAACUUUAAGUGACUGAAAGAGCAAGAAGUAAGUAAUAAGUCAAAGGAAUAGGAAGGAAUGCACCCAAAACCCAGUGGAGGACACAUGUUUGGGGGAGGUGACCCGGGCCAGAAUUGAAGCAGCAUCUCAGAGUCAGCAACCAAAAGCUGGGAAUGGAAUUCAUGUACAAAGCUCAAAGGUACA